ACGGAGAAUAAAACCCGGGUGAUCCCGCUUUUGUAUAAGUGACCUACGCGAAAAAUUUUUCUUCAACAAACAUAUUUGUCACUUGAUAUUUCUUCCUCUUCGGCUGCUGUUCCUUUGCUCCGCCACUUCCUCCAUCGUGCUUUCCUUCCCCAAAUUUUUUAGCUUUUACGAAGCGUCGUCGUUUAUGUGUAGUUGUUUCUUUUGUUGGUUUUCGUUUUAUUGUUUUGAUGGCAACUGCACCAGUAAAGUCACAGCCUUUACACAACUUCAACUUUCCGUUUCUGAAAUGGGGGACCCACGGAGGAGGUAGUUCUUCAACCGCUACCACCGACCACCGCCGUUCUCCGGAAUCCGACUCGGACCACGACCAUCUACGCCCGACGCGUGUAGGGUCACGCUCCACCCGCAUUCACCGCUUAUCCUUCCCUCCCCCACCAAAACCCGUUAAACAAAGUCACCGCGAAGAAGGAGAACAACAACAAGAAGAAGAAAAGUCGUUAAAGCCACUAAAAAAUGAAGCUGAAGAAGAAGAGGAGGAGACGGUGCAGAGACCGUGGAAUUUGAGGCCGAGGAAGGUAGCGGUGGAGACGUCGGCGGCAGGAGUGACAUCCAUGAUGGAAAAGAUGAGUGAAACGGCGGCCCCGAAGUCGAUGAGAUUAAGGGGUUUGGCUGAAAAUGGAGGGGUUACUGAAAAGAAAGAAAAAAAGAAGUUUUGGAUAGCUUUAUCAAGGGAAGAGAUUGAAGAAGACAUCUUUGUGAUGACAGGAUCAAGGCCCGCUAGAAGGCCCAAGAAAAGGCCCAAGAAUAUUCAGAAACAGCUUGAUAAUGUUUUUCCUGGGUUAUGGUUGGUUGGUACAACGGCUGAUGAUUAUCGUGUUGCUGAUGCUCUUGUUAAGAAAUAGAUAUGAUUUUAGAUGCUUAACAGAUUACCAGAUGCAAAGGGGAUGGUUAUGGUGUUAGUGAAUUUGGAAAUCUGGGAGCUUUUGUAGGGAAUGGCUCAUUGAGACCUCAAAUUUUUUUGAGGUUUAAUGAAAAUAUGAUGCUUGUAAAGAAAAUGAAAGAGUAUGAGAAAAGAUAUUUAAUUUCUUUUAUGUUUUUAUUUUGUGUUGCGCAGAGGGUAGAGUAGGGAUAGAGUUUUCAUGGGUUUAUAAAUUGAUGCUAAUCUUUUUAGACAUUGGAUAUAAACAGAAUUGUGGAUGAAACAGAGAGAAUUUCUUUCAAGUCUUUUCAUUUCAGUAUGCUGAAUUGGUAUUCCAUUUGGGAUAUUUGGUUUUGUAAAUUUUCUAACUCUUUUGAUUGCUUAUAAUGUUUGACAGGCUUCCCUACACCGGUGGGGGGCAGAGUUUCAAGCUGUGUAGUUAAUUUGCUAUCCAUAAUCGUAUUUGAUUUAUUAUUGAAGGUUCUGCAUUCUUCCUUCAUCUGGAAGAACUCUUCCUCUAAUUCAUCUGAGCUUCAUCAAGAGGAGCUCCUGAUAAGGUUUAAAUUUAGUUGAUUACUUUAAUUGCUGUUUUUCUUCCUGUUUUCAUCACCCCAUAUGAUAUAAUAUAUUUGUAGCUGUAUUCACUAAAUUAUCUUUUACAAAAUUUGAGAUCUUAGCAUAGGGAAUUCUUUUUUGCUUUGUAUGCAUUUUGAUUUUACAAAAUUUCAUGGCAGUUCACAAGAAUAAAUUCUCCAUCUCACUUAACAAUUUGCAUGGCCUGAGUUUGAAGACUUUGCCAGCUUGUGCUUCAUAUGUAGGAUCUUUUAGGUGCUUGUUAGAAGAACACGAUAAUAUUCCUGGUAAUAAUAAUGGAGACUUGGGUUUUAGUACCCACAGGAGUUUAAAUAUCAUCUCAAUUGUCUGUCUUGAAGGUUAGCGUAUGUAGGCUUUCAUAUUUUUGUGGCAGCUAGUUAGUUUCUCCGGGCACUUGUUUCAAAUUAAGAGUGUAGGAAGUUUUUUUUUUUAUUCUUGUCCAUUUUCUUGAGUACUAUAUUUUUUUAAUUUUGGAUUCUAGUUUUAUAUUAUCUUUCUGUUUACUGGUAUUGAGCAGGGCCUUCUUUUUACCCUUCUAUAUAUAAUCAAAUAGGGUAACUUAUGUCAACCUCCUUCCUCCCAUAAAAGAAAAAAAGAAUUUAUGCCCUUUUCUCAUGAACCACUGUUAAAAAUUGCUGGUUUACUUUAAACGGGCAUAUUUUUCUUGAAAGUGCAGUUUUCGAAACUUUUUGCUGCUUAACUGCUUACUGAAGUAUCAAUUAGUGAGUGCCAAACAUGAGUGGAAAUGGGAUUUUCCUAAUCCAUUACUGUUUACCAUCUCUUGUAAGAUUUUAAUACUUUUCCAUCUCUUUUUUUUUUAAUGAUUUGGCUCUGAAUUGUUCUGUGAAGCUUUUAUGGCCAAAGCACUAUCAUUUUGUCACAUAUUUUUGUUCGUUUUCUUUCACUCUUUUUUAUUGUGAUUUCAUUACUAGCAAGAAACCUCUAUUUUGCAUCAUCUAGUUAAUAAAUUACAAGCAUAAUCAUCACUGAUUACCAGAAAAAGUACCUCUUUUUUAAAGUUAGAAGUGGGUUUUAGUCAGGAAGUGUCUAGCCUGAUGUUUAUCUGAUUGAUCCAAUUUCAUUAAACCUAGCAUCUUUGCUGUUUUUGCAUGAAUAAUUAUAAGCUUAUAGUGAUACAGCAUUCUGUUUAGAAGAUUAUAUCUUACUAGUUUUUUUAUCUCCAUUUUUUUCCAAGAUUGCCUUGUUUCCUAUUGUAAGGUAAUCUACGUUCACUUCAGAUGAAAACUGAAAAAGUUCAUAACCAAGUUAGGAUCCAGCUAUUCUCUGUAAUGUUCUUUUUUCCAAGUAUAGUCCUCAUUGAUUCCGAAUCUAUGCUAAUUCAGACAUUAGCCAUCAUCUUAUGAAAUAUAAACAUUGUCUUUUUACUUGGAAUUAUAUGUUUAGUUGCCGGUUCUAGGAAAGACAGCAGCAGUCAGGAUAGGAAAACCUCAUUGGCAGUAUUGCAUAUUUACUUAGAUGAAUAACAUUGUGUGACUUAGAAUAUGAUGAUAAACAAAGAAAUGACAUUCGUUGAGAUUUAAAUUUCAGAUUUGGUAACCAAUUCAGUUUAAGUUUCGGUGUCAAUUUCUUUCAAAUUUAGAUCCAUGAAGUGCUUAGUUUCAUUAGUGCAUAUUAAUAUGUUGUUUUUUUUUCCCCAAGCCUUUUUAGCAGCUGAUGACUAAUAUAUAUUUCAUGUUUGUGAAAGUGUUAACUCAUCAUUGUAUGUUAAUUUUAACACAAGUGUCAACCUGAUGGAAAAGCCAGUGCUGUUUACUCAAUUUCCUCCUGAAAACCCUGUUUCUCAAAAUUUAGAUAUUUAGUCCACAUAUUAGAAAAACACGGUUUUCUUCGUGUCCAUACAGAAAUUUGAUUUCAGUUUUAGCAACUAAACACAUUUUUCUCGGCAGUUGCCAUCAAAAGAAGUCCUUUUCCAAAUACCGCAAACAACAAAUGAAAAUACAAUUUUAUCAUUUACAAAUUUAAAAUAAAUUGUAAGUGAAGUACUUAUUAAACUACUAUUUCAACUUUUGUUUUUAUCUCCUCAAAAGUUGAUAAAAAAUUUAGGCCAUCAAAGCUAGCGUUGGCCUUUCAAGAUGAGACUGAUAUAACCUUAAAAAAAAAAAAUCCUUUGUUUUAAAUAUUGAUUGUUGGCAGAAAUUUUAAGUGUUGCUAUGAUUUCUUUUCAAUCUUUUCUUACUUGUUAUUCUUGUUUUCCGUGCUGAAGAGGGGCUCCCCAUCAACCCCAUGUUUGAAACAGCGGUUAUUGCUUUUUGUAUAGUCAAUCGCCUACUCAAAAUCUAUGGUCUCCCACUCCGUCUAUGGGGCAAGCGUGGUUGAAUUUGGACCAGGUCGCAACAGACAAAAGCCUGGACCUUUUUGUUUACCUCUUAAUCUUAGAUUCUAGUGUCUAAUCCAAAAUUACUGCAUAUAAAGUUGAAAAAUUUUGUUCUGAUAGUACAUGAAAUGAUGAUUUUAUUCUUGAAUCUUGAAUUUUUUUUCUCCUUUCUAAAACCGAAGGAACCCAUGAGAGAGUUUAUGAUAAUUACUUAGCAAAAUUCUAGUAUAUUAGCAACAGUAAGUGCCAUUAGCUUAUGCCAUGAUGAGACGAGGUAAAGAGUUUUUCAACGAGUUUCAACUUCCAUGAACUAAAUAUGAAACCUUGGUCAGUUAGUAGGCGUCUAAUGCAGGAUAUCGGAGUCGGAGAAGAGCAAGAGGGAGCUGGAAGCUGCUCCCUCUACGGUGAUUCAGGCAGUGUCGCCUCCUCUCCUGGCUAGGCUAAGAUGACGGCCCAAAGAGUAUGGAGAGAUGAUUAAUAUGAGUUUCAAGGUAAAAAAAAAAGUCACUCUCUUGUAAAAGAUACUUACCACCGUAAACAUAGUAUGAAACUCAUGCAUCGGUGUCCUUAUGAAGGCAACGACCUUAAAAUUUGAGCUGGCUUCGUUUCAGAGACUCCAAACUUGGGCUCUUCUUUUAAGAUGGAGCUCGAUCCAAAGCCCAAAGGCUCAGUGUCCUUAUUCCCUCCCUAUAUAUGAUGCCUACGAGUU